AUGCCAUCCUCCUUUGUUUAUACCCUUCCCGCAUUCCAGGAUACGUUUUCCCCGACCCCGAUUCCCACAGCUGAUGGCUUCGGCAGAGGCCUGCAUGAGGGAACCACUUCAAAAUCUCCCACGGGCCCAGAUUCAAGUUCAAGUUCGGGCACUGCCGUACCUGCUGGUGUUUGGUUCUCGACACCACACCCAAUUACUAUCCAACCAAUGCCGACAGUUGGUAACAAUAACGAAAACAACAAUGAGAGUGACGACGACGAUAAUGAUUGUGAUGAUCCUGUUACGGCUUCGGCGUGUACGACUGAAUGCGAGGAGUCCGUUGCAUGCAGCGCCAGAGACACAAGAACAAAUACUGCCGCCACAACACAUUAUCCUGUAACAAAAACAAUCAUGACUGGCUUCUACGAUAUAGAUCCGACGCCUACAAACAUCAAUUACGAUGCCAUCGCUUCUUCUAUCAGCGAAGCCGGAUUGAAAUAUUACGGCUCCUUGCAAUCAACCACUACAACAACGGUAACAGCGUCGCCCACAGCAAGCAUUUCUACCAUUACCUCCGUCAUAGUGGUGACACCAACACCAACACCAGUGGCACCUCGAGCAAUCUGUUUCGUGCACGAUGACACUCUUUGGUUUGAAUUCCAGAUAAUUACUAACAGCUUCGAAAGCGAUUUGGGUGCGGCCCUGAAAAAGCAAGAAAGUGGAUGUGGUGCCCUACUUGAUUGGAAGGCAUCCGAUGUCAUUAUCCCUGAGUCACAUGGGGAUUGGAUGGGGACAAGGGAGUAUAAAUUUACGUUGCCAACGACAAUUAAGGCUGGGUGUGUGGAGAGAGCUAUUGCUAGUGCUGGGGGACCUAGUGGACUAUCUUGUGAUGAAGUUUAG